AUUUAUAUGAAAUAUUGAAAACAGGUAAAUUCAUAUAGAAACAGAAAGUAGAUUAGAGGUCGUCAAGGACUAUGUGAGAGGGAGAAGUUAUUGAUUAAUGGGGUUUCAGUUUGGAGUGAAGGAAGAGUUUAAAACAGCGAUGACUGAACAACAUGUGAUUGAAUUGUGCACUUAAAAAUAGUUAAAAUGGCCUGUUUCAUUUAUGUUUUACCACAGUAAAAUAAGAUAUACACAGUGAUUCAGUUCGGUCAUUAAAAUAUUCAACUAUUUCAUUUUUUAAAAAAUAAUAAUAAGGGAUUAAUUCUGAGCAAGACAGGGAAACUUCCUCCAUCUUUCUGUGCUCGGGGGCCUACGUAAAGAUGUGUGCAGAUACAGCAAAGAUUGCCCUUGUCCUCGGGGACAUUAAGAGAGUUCCUGACAGUCUCUUUUCCUUUGCUAAAUGAGAGGCAAGCUCCUCUGCUUGGAGUAGAGGUUUAGUGAGGGCCUAGAACACAGCAGGGAAGGUCAGGAACGCCCCCUAGGGGAAGGGGAGAGGCAGCUGACCAUGGGCAAACAGCAGGGCCGCUGAGGUAGCCUAUUGACGGGGCCAACAUCGUACACUGCGUGUGUGUAGUGUUUCAUUUUCAUGGCUUCUUGAAUUGUUUCCCCUCCAUAGAGUCAGAGAAGCUGGAUGGCGGGGCUGCUGUGGGUGAGGUGUUCGUGGCCUGGGCACGGACGAAGGCUCAUAGCCUGAGAGGGCAGUUUGAGAGGGCAUGUGAAAGACUGUCCCCGGGGCCAACCAGGGGGGCUGACUUGGAACAGAAGAGGAGUCUGAAGGGGACACAUAACCCUGGAGACAGUGGAAUUGAAAUGAAAAAGUGGGUCUGAAAGGGAGUGAGGAGUGAGAGAGAGAAUAGCAUAGGGGACUUGCAGUGUUGCAGAAAUAGGACUCUUCUGGUUGAUAACAUAAGAGUAGGUAUUAAAAAUGAAGGGGAGGUGGCAGAAAGGGUUGGUGUAUUAGAGUAGACAAACUGCUGUCACAGGUAGAUGAAAACAUGUAUAAUGGCUUGGGUACUGUGGAAGUUUAUUUCUUACUCAUAUAAAAAGCCCAGGUGGUGGGUGGGGAUGUUCUGCUUCACUGCCACUGAAGGACCAGGCUGAUAGAGGCUCUGCCUCUUCCUCCGGAAGCUUUCGAGGUCAUCUGGGCACUGGCAUCCAGUUGAUGAAAGGGUACAGAGCCCGGAGGAGCACAUACGGGCCCGACCUGAGAAGGGCGCACACCAUCCCUUCACAUGUCAUUGGCCAGAACGUGGUCACACGGACACGCCAAACUGCAAGGAAGCCUAGGGAAUGUGUAGUUGUGUGUCCUGCAAAACGAGUGACCAGCAGCCCUUGCUGCACUCAAGCUUUAAAGCCUUUUUAACAAGCAUUUGCUGUGAUGAUGUUCCUAGUUAGUUUUGUUCUUAAGGCCAGAAAUAAGAUUUCAGAAAGGCUGAUUUUAAAAGGUCACCUGGAGUGAAGAAGCCUUACCUGCCCAUAUGCGAGAAGCCUUCACUUCUCAUUCUGCUUCUUAAAUCUUCUUUUAAACCUACACAGACAUCUUUUCACCCAGUUUCCUCAUCUGAUGAAGUGAGUUAAAUUCUUCUUCCUUCAUCAGAAAUGUGUGCAAGAUUUUUUUUAAUAGAUCCCUCUAUCACCCACUUUAUCACCCAGCCGCAAAUAUUAAAUAACACAGGGAGACACCCAGUAAGUCACUGAAGGCAUUAGGCCUCACAAUGAGCCAAAAUGGAUUUUGUGCCUGAUUUAAGUGCAAGAUCCAUUUUGCUUCUGUUACUUUAAUGAAUGAGGUAAAGACUUCGUUUUGAGCUACACAAAUAAUUUCUGUUAACAAGCUGCUAAGUGUUGCUUUUAAACUAGGUGAAGUGUCUCCAAUAUGUAUAUUGUCCAUCCCAAAUUUGCCACCAAUAGGAAUGCAAGGCAGACAGCAGGAGCUGAGCCGUUGGCUCACGUCGAUCUCACAGUCACUCCAGAGGGUGGGGUGGGGGCCGGGACAUCAUAGGGGACACCUGCCCCAGACAGGAAGUUCUCUCCCAGGAGACUUUGUCCUGAGAACCAUGUCGUAGUAAGAUUCCACUGGCCUUGGUGUGGACGUCAGUAGUUCACCAUUUUCCUUUCCAAAGUUAUAUGGAAAUUCUUUGGAAAAUAAAUUCUGGGACUUGGUGAGGGAAGGUCCUUUAAAGAAAUAUGGUGAAUUACGACAAAGUAGUAGGGGUGCCUCAGAUUGCUUCCCCCUCUGAUAUUAAGAGGGCUUAUCACCAGUUAGCCCUUCAGGUACACCCAGACAAGAGCCCAGAUAACAAGGAGGAGGCUGAGGAGAAAUUCAAGCAAGUUGCAGAAGCCUGUGGACAAGCCUCUGAUGCCAAAACACACGGCAACUAUGACAAGUCCAGAGAGAACUGCAUCAAAAGGGGGCACAGAGGAGAUGGCAGAAGACCCAACCUGUCUGAAGAACUGUGGUCUGAGAGGCUACACUGUAGCUUUCAAAAUGCCUUUGAAAGUGAAGACUUCUCAGGAGAUUGUUUUUCCACCAGCCGUUUGGGCAGGGCCAGGAGCUUCUGCUGCUCCUUCUUCGAUGUGACCUCCAUACUGGACACAGGAUUUUCCACUUUUGUAUCCCUGGGCGCCAAACCAAGUCCCUGUUCCUUUGGGAUGUUUGCACCCUUUGUAAGCAGCGGAAUGGGAAACUUCAGACUGGUCACCACUUGUACUCAGAUAGUGAAUGGCAAGAGAGUUGUUAGAGAGAAAGUCCUAGAUAAUGUUAAGGGGAAGAGUGAAGUAGAAAAAGAAUGCCCAUCUCAUCAGAUCCUUCCACAUCACUGGUAAGGAGUUGCUAUGCUCUUUCACAAGGAGACUUGCCUGUAAGGCUGGUAAGUCUGACACUUAUCAAGGACAGACUGGAAUCUGUGAGUAUGCUGAACUGGAAUGGACAGCAGUCAGCUUAGUCCAAAGCUCUCGUCUCACAGAAGAAGGGAUGGGCCAGAUGUUACACAAGGAGCUAGGAAGCAGCAGAGUUUGGCUUCCAGCCUGUAUCCUCUGAUUCUACAUCGAGCCUUCUGUUCCCCUGCACUAUAUUUGGGACAGUAGUGACCACCGCCCAGAUGCCAUCAGAGUCAGUUCUCUACCAUCAUAAAUCCCACUGACUUCUUCCCAACUGUUUUCCUGCUGGUUAGUUACCUUGCUGAUAUCCAGUUGCCUCUUUCUUAAUGGCCUGUCUUCUCUCUUCCUAGCCUCUUUUUCUCUGCUUCUCUUUCCACCUCUUCUUCUUUCCUCCCAUUUCCAGGGGACCAUAUCACAUUAGGCUCCAGGGAAAGAGGUGCCUCAGUGUAGGUUACUGUUGGCGCAAAAAGUGAAAAGUAAAUGGCUUAAGAUUUUUUUAUGUACUUUUUUAAAUAGCUAUCAUUUAUUGAGUGGUCAGGAGAUGUUAGGAAUUCUACUUCAGUUGUGUUAUCUCAGUAGUCCUGUAAGCAGUGAAAUAUAGUAGCUGCUCUCCUCUAUCAUAUAGAUAAAGAUAUGAGGCUUAGAAAGAUUACAUAACUUGCACCAAGCCCCACCAAAUAAGCAAUAAAAUAGUGUCUGACUCUGAAACACAAGCUUAUCUACUGAGCUAUAAUAUCUGUGGAUCCUAUUCAUUUAUUUUUAGAUCUAGGGUCUUGCCUCUCACUGGAAAUUUACACCUGGCAUCUCUAAACCUUACUUCCAUGCAUGAGUACUUGCUGGAACUUAAGAAUAUGCAAACAUUUUUAAUGUUAUUGCCCAACAGAUACUUGGUCACUCUUACAAUAAGACAAAAGAUGGAGCAAUGUAAAAAGUUUUGCUGAAACUAACGAGUGAUUGUCCCUUAACACAAAAAUGUAAACUGAAUCCCAAGAUGUGUACUAGUUUUUUGUUUGGGCUUUAAUUAUGAUUUACAUGCAAAAUCAUGGGAUUUUUGUUUGUUUGUUUGUUUAAUUGGAUCUGACCACACUCCAACCCCUUUUUUUAUACUUAUGAACAUAAGUAUAACGGGGGACCAGAAAAGUGAUUCCCUGUGGAAAACUACUGGUGGAGUCUGCAUUUGGUCCUCUGUCUUCCAAUUUCCAGUCUCCUGCUGAGUCUAGUACAGCAUGCUGACAGGCAAAAUUUGGAUUUCUUUUGCAUCGCAGUCUUUUAUGGAAGUUAUAUAACAAAUGAUUGGCAUUCUUAAUCAAGGAACUUUCCUGUGUUUGCAAUUUUUAUGAGACGAAUGUUUUAUGUAGCCUUUGAACUUUUUUAAUCUCAGUGAAUUUUCUGAAACAGGAAUAUGCCUGUAUUCCUCUGGCAAAGGGUAGCAUUCGGGCAGGGAGCACACUUCUAGAAAGGAAGCAGAAGGCAGAUUUGGAAUUGGACACAUCCCACUUCUUUCAAAGCCUCUACAUUUCCACACAGUAGUCUUUGCGAACUUCUUAUAUGUCAGGCAGUGUGCUAGGUGCCUUAUAUUUCUAAUAUCCAAAAUCCUUUAGGGGUUUAUUUCUAUUUUACAAGUAAGGAAACUGAGGCUUAGGGAAGUUAAGUCUCUUACCUGGGUCACACAGUAAGUUGUAGAGAUAGGGUUCAGACUGCAGCUUGCUCGACCUAGAAGUUCACGUUUCCACUAUCCUGUAUUAUGUAUCAUCUGAAGGGCUAUCAUCUUGGUUAAAGAGGAAAGCUUUGUUAUAUGUGUGAAUUAUGUUCAUUUCAAAAUUUUUUAAAUGAGCUCUUCUAGAUGGAGCUUCCGUUGCCCCAGCCUAGUCUGAGGUGAACAGUAGUGUGGCCAUGAACCAAGGAAAAUCAGAUUGGAGCAUAAAACAUAAUUUUCCAUUUGUCUUAGAUAAAAUCCAAAUUUCAGCAUUUUUCACAGACAUACUUGAUUUUGGUAGAAAUGCUGAGUUGUAGAAGGAUUUUCUGCCGGCAAAGAUUAAAAAAAAUUUCACUCUCAGUUAGCCAAGGAAGUUUUUUUGUUGUAUAAAAAUGAAAGCAGCUUUUCCUGAUGCCUGUUUAAA